AAUAAUAAUUAUACAUUUGUCGAGAAAACAAGUGGUCAUUUUGCAAAAUAAUUAAUUUAAUUUGUAACACUUUUUUCUACAGUUUUUGUAAAUUGUUAUCUUAUAAUGUUUUGCAUUGGCGAACAUAGAAAAACAAAAAAGUUUUUCCAAUGCUUGAAAAUAAAAGAGAAAAAGUGAAGAAAGAAAAAAAUUAAAUAAUUAAAAAACGUCAUAAAUAACAUUAAAAAUCAAGCAAUUUUGCAAUAACAAGUGGAGCUCUUUGGGUCUAUUUAAAAGACCUAUUGAUUGAUAGAUAAGCUGGAAAAGAAUUUGUUAAUGCGAGUUCAUUUAAAAAAAUGAUAAAUCCAAAGCAUUACAAUUCAAAACGUAUCAAUAUCAGUGACCUUCUGAAUGAUCGUAUGUUAUAUGCCAACUUUGGUUAUCACGUCAGAAGGCAUUUGCAGGCGGCACCAACGUUUAUACAUCGUCUGGAACAGGAUGGCAUCUUAAAAGGACACGAGGGUUGUGUUAAUUGUUUGGAUUGGAGUAGCAACGGUCGUGUGUUGGCCUCCGGCUCCGAUGAUUUUCAAUUGUGUUUAUGGGAUCCAUUUCGUAAAAAGCGCAUACAAAGUAUUAACACCAAACAUUACGGGAAUAUAUUUUCGGUGAAAUUUUUGCCCAAACACAAUGAUACUCUGAUUGCUACAGCUGCUGCGGACAAAACAAUAAUGCUGUUCGAUAUUAAUCAUCCAUCAGAAUCGAUAUAUUCGUGCCAUUGUCACUUUUCUAGGGUAAAGAGAUUAGCCACAGCACCGGAUUCACCAUUUAUAUUUUGGUCUGCCGGCGAAGAUGGGUCGGUUAUGCAGUUGGAUCAUCGCGAACAGCAUACAUGUCGUUCGUUUGAAAAUCAAGUGUGCCUUAUUUAUCUCAGAUCUGAAAUUGAUGAAAAUGCUGAAGCAAAGUGUAUAGCAGUAAAUCCAAUACGUACGGAGUAUAUAGCAGUGGGAGCCAAUGAUCCCUAUGCACGCCUAUAUGAUAGACGCAUGUUGAAGAAGGUUGCUUCGGGAUAUCGUAACAUUGAACGUAGACGUGACACCUCCGAAUCGUCUGCAAUACCUAGAGAAUGCGUUACCUAUUUUUGUCCUGGCCAUAUUAGUAAAAACAAUUCAAAACGUAUUGAACACGAAUCUCGUGCUAUAACUCAUCUCACCUUUAAUGCCACCGGUACAGAGUUGUUAGUGAAUAUGGGUGCUGAACACAUUUACCUUUAUGAUUUAUACAAUGCUGAGCAGCCAGUGUUUUUGAAUUUGCCCGAAUAUAAAACAAUUAAUGAAACAGAAAGUGCUAGUGGUGGUGAUACUGAUUCGCCUCCACAGGCACACAAUCGACGAAAGUUGCCCGAACACAUAGAGGAAUUCAAAAAAUUAGGUAAUGAAUUUUUAGAAAAUGAAAAGUAUUAUCUUGCCAUACGUACCUAUUCAGAAGCUAUUAGCCAGGCACCUCAAUGGCCAGUCUUGUACUUAAAUCGUGCAACGGCUUAUAUGAGACGGCUGUGGUUUGGUGAUGUUUACGCGGCUUUAAAAGAUUGUCAUACAGCAUUAAAACUGGAUCCUAAAUAUGUUAAGGCUCACUUUCGUUUGGCCAGAUCGUUGCUGGAGCUGGGACGGACACAGGAAGCCGAUGAGUGCUUAAAGGAAUUGAUACGGCGUUUUCCCAAUUACGCCAACAAUCACGGAGUGCUAAUGCUGAACAAAGAUAUUAAGGAAAAUAGACAGACUACACCUCAGCAGCAUCAACAGCAACAGCAUUCACCAGGAGCUGAUAUCUUGGACCGAGGAGAAAUGACUAAUGAUGAAUUCUAUUGGCGCUGCAAAGCCAAAGAUUAUUCCCAACGUUUUGUGGGUCACUGCAAUACAACAACGGACAUCAAAGAAGCCAACUACUUUGGUUACGAUGGUCAGUACAUUGUGGCCGGUUCAGAUGAUGGCAAUUUCUUUAUAUGGGACCGUAAAUCGGGUAACAUAGAUAGCAUCUAUAAGGCAGACAGUGCCAUAGUCAAUUGCGUGUUACCUCAUCCAGAAAUAUGCUUCAUGGCUACCUCGGGCAUAGAUCACGACAUCAAAUUAUGGUCGCCCAUGCGAGAUGAAGAAAAAACUCAUUUUGUUGAUCCAGUAGGUCGUUGUGUCGAUGAUAAUCAAUUGAAAAUGAAAACCGAUCCAUUUGAAAUAAGUACUCGCAAUGCCUUUUGUUGGAAUGGAUAAUAUUUUGAAGAAAAGUGCACGAAUAUCUGAAAUACUUUUAGAAACAAAAGAGAAAAUAAACAAGUUUUUGUGAUUCCCUUUUUUACAUGCAUAAAUACAUUAAAAAAAUACAUAUUGUAAAACGUACAUACGUCGAGUAUUAAGUAUUUAUUUUGUAGUUGUUUUAUUUUAAAACUUAAAAUUGUAUUCUUAAGCUGUAGUCACUUUGAGCAAAUAUUUGAUUAAAUAUACUUUAUUAUUGCAAUUUAUGUUUAUGUAUUUUGAACAAAUAUUUAAGAGCAAACUUGAUCAGGUUAUUGAGAUACUAAGUGUGAAAUAAAUAGUUCUUGAAUAUCUUACAUAGCUUAAAAAAUGUUUAGCCAAAAUUGUGUUAAAUUUUUGCUCAAUGUGGUCAUAGCUUGAAUUGCAUACAAAUUUUAAAAAAGAGAACUAUUUAAAAUUAGUGGACCCUCCCUCAUAGUUUUUAACCAUAUUUUAUUCAUAAUCAAUUUUUAAUUUUAUAAAAAAUUUAAUAUUAAAGGCGUUAUUCAUAAUCAAUUUUUAAAUUUAUUACAGGGUUAUAAAACAAAUUUUGCAUGGAAAUUCUGUUUUAUAAAACCAUUUAUAAACUUAAAAAUUAAUUAUGAAUAAAGGCGUAAAUCUAAAUUCAAAAUUUGAUUAUGAGUAAGACCUUAAUUUUAUUUAAUUUUAUUUUGUUUUAUUAAAAUUGUUUAUACGAUUAGAAUGAAAGAUGAUUUGCAUUUGUAAAAACAAUUAAUUACCUUUGUUAUAAUAUGAAAUUAAUAUUUCCAAAUAAAUGUUAUUUUAUUAUGUUAAACAAUUAAA